GAGACACAGAAGAUCACCCAUUCAUCCUAUUGAUUUUGUGUGGCUGAUUAUUGAUUAGUCAAACAGAAGCAAAUGGGCAAAAAGCAGCAGAUUAACAGGGGAUGGCUUCAAAUUAGAAGUUAUUAAUUUAAAUUACAAGAUUUCAUAGCUGUUGGAGAGGAGGAGGAGAGAGAUGUCAGCUGUGGCUCCAAACUCCAUCAAAGAAUCCACAACUGGGAAGGAAGAUGCUGCUCUUCACCCUCCAAAAGAGCUUGAUGCCGGAGCUUUGUUUGUACUCAAAUCCAGAGGUUCAUGGGUGCACUGUGGGUACCAUUUGACGACAUCAAUCGUGGCUCCGUCGCUUCUGAGUCUUCCCUUCGCGGUGGGCUUGCAAGGGUGGGUUGGGGGAGUUGUUUCCCUCAUCCUUCCAGGUUUGCUCACCUUCUAUUCCUACAAUCUUCUCUCUCUGGUUUUGGAGCACCAUGCACAGCUUGGCCACCGCCAACUUCGGUUUCGGGACAUGGCUAGAGACAUUUUAGGACCACGAUGGGGGAAGUAUGUUGUUGGCCCACUUCAAUUUGGGAUAUGCUAUGGGGCAGUCAUUGCCGGUGUUCUUCUAGGAGGGCAGAGCCUUAAGUUCAUCUACUUGCUUUCAAAUCCAAAUGGGACAAUGAAGCUUUACGAGUUUACCAUCAUCUUCGGAGUUCUAAUGCUCUUCCUGGCCCAAAUUCCAUCCUUCCACUCCCUCAGGCAUAUCAAUCUUGUCUCUCUUUUCCUCGCUCUUGCUUACAGUGCUUGCGUCACAGCCGGUUCAAUAUACGUCGGAUUUUCCAAGAAUGCUCCCAACAGGGACUAUUCCCUAAAUGGCUCCCAAGAGAAUCGUGUUUUUGGUGCUGUUAAUGCUGUUUCAAUCAUUGUUACCACAUAUGCCUGUGGAAUUGUUCCUGAAAUACAGGCAACUAUAGCUCCUCCAGUCAAAGGCAAGAUGUUCAAAGGUUUAUGUGUCUGCUACGCUGUUAUAUUCACAACUUUUUUCAGCGUCGCAAUCUCUGGGUAUUGGACAUUUGGCAAUCAAGCUAUGGGGACAAUUCUUGCCAAUUUUAUGGGUAAUCAAAAGCCUUUGCUGCCAACUUGGUUUCUCUUGAUGACCAAUGUGUUCACUGUAAUCCAAAUAUCGGCUGUCACAGUGGUAUACUUGCAACCAACAAACGAAGUUUUCGAAAAGUUAUUUGCAGACCCCAAACAGGACCAAUUUUCCACCCGCAACGUUGUGCCGAGGUUGUUUUUCCGGUCAAUAUCCGUGAUUGUAGGCACACUUUUUGCUGCCAUGCUACCUUUCUUUGGAGAUAUCAUGGCAAUUUUGGGGGCAUUUGGAUUCAUUCCCCUAGAUCUUAUUUUCCCAAUGGUUUUCUACAAUGUCACCUUCAAGCCCUCAAAGCGUAGCCUUGUUUUCUGGGCGAACACAUUGAUAGCAGCAGCAUCCUCGGUGUUAUCAGCGGUCGGAGCAGUGGCAUCGGUUCGACAAACCGUUCUUGAUGCCAAAGCAUAUCGUUUGUUUGCAAACAUAUAAAAAUAUAUCAUAUAUGUUUAACAGUUGAUGGGCAUUAAUUUCAAGGUUUGGAAUGUUUUAGAGAAAUGCUAUCUAGCGUUCUCUCAGCAUUUUCGGUUAA